CGUCGGACAUUCAUUGGAAUCUGCCACUUUCUUGUGUGAUCCAGCAUCUCUGUUUCCUCUCUGUAUUGGCAACAGUAUGAUAGAAAUUCACGCAACCGAAAUCAUCCUGAUCGCUGCGGCGGUCAGUCUCGCAUGGGCGUGGAGUCAGUUUGUGCUGAUUUCGCGCAUUCCGAUCAUUUCCAACAGCGGCGUCGGCAGCGAAGCGCAGUCUCUCAUGGGCAACGGUGGAUCCGGCAACGACGAGGAAAAGACGGCACGUCUCAAGGAAAUCUACCAAGCCAUUUACGAAGGUGCCGAGUCCUUCCUCGCCGCAGAGUACCGUGUCUGCUUUUGGUUCAUUAUCGUCUUUUCCGUCCUCAUUCUCGUCCUCGUGUCCUGGGGCACGGGCUGGGAUGCCGCCCGCGGAGUCUUUACGGCCGUCUCCUUUCUGCUCGGGGCCGUUACAUCCAUGGCUAGUGGUUACCUCGGCAUGAAAGUGGCCGUCUAUUCCAACGUUCGUACCACUGUAUCGGCGCAAAAGCCCGGGUGGACGGACUGCUUCAAUACCGCCUUUCGCGCUGGAGCCGUGAUGGGAUUCGCACUCUGUGGACUCGGUAUGCUCAUGCUCUACCUAACCAUGCUCGUCUUCCGCGUCCAUUACCCCAAUUCUAGUGAAUGGAUUUACCUGACCGAGUCUUUGACCGGAUACGGACUCGGCGGAUCCGUCAUUGCCAUGUUUGGACGUGUCGGCGGCGGUAUCUACACCAAGGCCGCCGAUGUCGGAGCCGAUCUCGUUGGAAAAGUCGUCCACGGAAUUCCCGAAGAUGAUCCCCGUAACCCCGCUACCAUUGCCGAUAAUGUUGGAGACAAUGUGGGUGAUGUCGCUGGUAUGGGCUCCGAUUUGUUCGGUUCCUUUGCGGAGUCCACUUGUGCUGCAUUGGUAAUUGGCAGCAGCAUUGGUGUUUCCAAUGGUUGGGACGCCAUGGUUUUCCCCAUUGUUGUCUCUGCCGUGGGCAUCUUUGUCUGCCUCGUUUGCUCCUUCAUCGCUACCCACAUCCGUCCCGUCCGCCAGGAAUCACAGGUCGAAGAAGCUCUCAAGAUUCAGCUCAUCUCGACCACCGUCCUCAUGGUUCCCUCCAUUUACUACGCCGCCGAAUACUUCUUGCCCAAAUCCUUCACCAUUGCCAAGACGGUUGGCCAGGACGUUCUCGAGCUCGCUCCCUACAUGGCGACCGUGUGCGUUGCCAUGGGUGCCGUCGGUGGUCUCAUUAUUGGUCUCAUCACCGAGUACUACACUUCUCAUUCCUACGCACCCGUUCGGGAAGUCGCCCAUAGUUGCAAGACCGGCGCCGCCACCAACAUGAUUUAUGGAAUCGCCCUCGGGUACAAGUCUGCUAUCAUCCCCGUCAUUGUCUUGGCCCUGGUCGUGUACGGAUCCUUCACCAUGUGCGACAUGUAUGGAGUCGCCUUGGCCGCCAUUGGGUUCCUUUCCAACUUGGCAACCGGCUUGACCAUUGAUGUCUACGGUCCCGUUUGUGACAAUGCCGGAGGCAUUGCCGAGAUGGCUGAACUAGACCCGGCCGUCCGUGAAAAGACGGACGCUCUCGAUGCCGCCGGAAACACUACGGCCGCCAUUGGCAAGGGCUUUGCCAUUGGUUCUGCCGCUCUCGUCUCUUUGGCUUUGUUUGGUGCCUUUGUUACGCGUAUCCGCAUUUCUUCGAACGAUGAACUCUUUGCCAACGGCGUGAACAUGCUUGAACCCCUGACCUUUGCCUUUUUGCUGAUUGGAGGUAUGAUCCCCUUUGCCUUUGCCGCCCUCACCAUGAAGUCAGUAGGUGAAGCCGCCAUGGCCAUGGUCAUGGAAGUUCAGCGUCAAUUUGACGAGAAACCGCACUUGUUGGAUGCCAACCCGACCGAGCGUCCGGAUUACGACGCCUGUAUCGCCAUUAGUACGAAGGCGAGUCUCCGCGAGAUGGUCCUUCCCGGUGCCAUGGUGAUCUUUACCCCGCUCUUGACCGGUAUUCUCUUUGGUGUCACGGCGGUGUCCGGUCUACUCGUCGGUUCCUUGAUUGCCGCCGUCCAGUUGGCCAUUUCCAUGUCCAACUCGGGUGGUGCCUGGGACAAUGCUAAGAAAUACAUUGAACGGGCUGCACCCGACAGUGAAUUGCAAGGCAAGGGCUCGGAUAUUCACAAGGCGGCUGUUGUCGGUGACACCGUUGGUGAUCCCUUCAAGGAUACCUCCGGUCCGGCCUUGAACAUUGUCAUGAAAUUGAUGGCGGUUUUGUCGCUCGUUUUUGCGGACACCUUUUACGCGGUCAAUAACGGACAGGGACUUUUGAAUCUGGCCUAAGUGUUAGACGUCCACGAAAGUUGAAGGGUUUUGUGAAUACGGACAACAACAGUACACCACACCAAUCCAAACUCGUGAGACUUGGAAGAUAAGCAAGGAAUUCAAAAAAGU